UUUCACAAGAAGAAAAAGACGAAAACAAGGGAUCUGUUGAAUUUCAAAUAGUAAGUUUCACUAAUAAGAUACGAAGACUUACUUCACAUUUGGAAUUGCAUAGAAAAGACUAUUUAUCUCAGAGAGGUUUGCGAAAAAUUCUAGGAAAACGACAACGACUCCUGUCUUAUUUAGCAAAGAAAAAUAGAGUACGUUAUAAAGAAUUAAUUAUCCUGUUGGAUAUUCGGGAAUCAAAAACUCGUUAAUUUUAAGAGUUUUUUUGAAUUAUUUGAUUUAUUAGAUCUUGAGAUGAACUUCUUUUUGUUUUCAGUAAUUCAUGGACGAAUGGAUCAAGGAAACCCUAUGAAUGUACCAGCUACACGAAAAGACCUUAUGAUAGUUAAUAUGGGUCCCCACCACCCAUCAAUGCAUGGUGUUCUUCGCCUCAUCGUUACUCUAGACGGGGAAGAUGUUAUUGACUGUGAACCAAUAUUAGGUUAUUUACACAGAGGAAUGGAAAAAAUUGCGGAAAAUCGAACAAUUAUACAAUAUUUGCCCUAUGUAACACGUUGGGAUUAUUUGGCUACUAUGUUCACAGAAGCAAUAACAGUAAAUGGUCCAGAACUGUUAGGAAAUAUUCAAGUGCCUAAAAGAGCUGGCUAUAUCAGAAUAAUUAUGUUGGAAUUGAGUCGUAUAGCUUCUCAUUUGUUAUGGCUUGGUCCCUUUAUGGCAGAUAUUGGUGCACAGACUCCUUUCUUCUAUAUUUUUAGAGAAAGAGAGUUAGUAUAUGAUUUAUUCGAAGCUGCCACUGGUAUGAGAAUGAUGCAUAAUUUUUUUCGUAUCGGGGGAGUAGCGUCUGAUCUACCUCAUGGUUGGAUAGAUAAAUGUUUGGAUUUUUGCGAUUAUUUUUUAACAGGAGUUACUGAAUAUCAAAAACUUAUUACGCGAAAUCCUAUUUUUUUAGAACGAGUUGAGGGAGUAGGUAUUGUUGGUACAGAGGAAGCAAAAAAUUGGGGUUUAUCGGGACCAAUGCUACGAGCUUCCGGAGUACAAUGGGAUCUUCGUAAAGUUGAUCAUUAUGAGUGUUACGACGAAUUUGAUUGGGAAAUCCAGUGGCAAAAAGAAGGAGAUUCCUUAGCUCGUUAUUUAGUCCGAAUUGGUGAAAUGAUGGAAUCUAUAAAAAUUAUUCAACAGGCUCUGGAAGGAAUUCCGGGGGGGCCCUAUGAGAAUUUAGAAAUCCGACGUUUUGAUAGAGAAAGGGAUUCGGAAUGGAACGAUUUCGAAUAUCGAUUCAUUAGUAAAAAAACUUCUCCUACUUUUGAAUUACCGAAACAAGAACUUUAUGUGAGAGUCGAAGCCCCAAAAGGAGAAUUGGGAAUUUUUCUGAUAGGAGAUCAGAGCGGUUUUCCUUGGAGAUGGAAAAUUCGUCCGCCGGGUUUUAUCAAUUUGCAAAUUCUUCCUGAAUUAGUUAAAAGAAUGAAAUUGGCCGAUAUUAUGACAAUACUAGAAAUACAAGCUAUCAAUUCUUUUUCUAGAUUAGAAUCCUUAAACGAGGUCUAUGGAAUUAUAUGGGUGUUUGUCCCGAUUUUUAUUCUUGUAUUGGGAAUCACGAUAGGCAUACUAGUAAUUGUAUGGUUAGAAAGAGAAAUAUCUGCAGGGAUACAACAACGUAUUGGACCUGAAUAUGCCGGUCCUUUAGGAGUUCUUCAAGCUCUAGCGGAUGGGACAAAACUACUUUUCAAAGAGAAUCUUUUUCCAUCUAGGGGGGAUAUUCGUUUAUUCAGUAUCGGACCAUCCAUAGCAGUCAUAUCAACUCUAUUAAGCUAUUCGGUAAUUCCUUUUGGCUAUCACCUUGUUUUAACUGAUCUAAAUAUUGGUGUUUUUUUAUGGAUUGCCAUUUCAAGUAUUGCUCCCAUCGGACUUCUUAUGUCAGGAUAUGGAUCAAAUAAUAAAUAUUCCUUUUUGGGUGGUUUACGAGCUGCUGCUCAAUCGAUUAGUUAUGAAAUACCAUUAACUCUUUGUGUGUUAUCCAUAUCUCUACGUUGAUGUUAUCACCGACUAUGAUUAUCUAAUAGUUCAAGUACAGUUGAUAUAGUUGAGGCACAAUCAAAAUCUGGUUUUUGGGGGUGGAAUUUGUGGCGUCAACCUAUAGGAUUUAUCAUUUUUUUUAUUUCUUCUCUAGCAGAAUGUGAGAGAUUGCCUUUUGAUUUACCAGAAGCAGAAGAAGAAUUAGUAGCAGGUUAUCAAACCGAAUAUUCGGGCAUCAAAUUUGGUUUAUUUUAUAUUGCUUCCUAUCUAAACUUAUUAGUUUCUUCAUUAUUUGUAACAGUUCUUUACUUGGGCGGUUGGAAUAUCUCUAUUCCGUAUAUAUUCGUUCCUGAGCUUUUUGAAAUAAAAAAAAUAGGCGGAGUCUUUGGAACAACAAUUGGUAUCUUUAUUACAUUGGUUAAAACUUAUUUGUUCUUGUUCAUUCCUAUCACAACAAGAUGGACUUUACCUAGACUAAGAAUGGACCAACUUUUAAAUCUUGGAUGGAAAUUUCUUUUACCUAUUUCUCUCGAGAAAAAAACAAACAUAAAAUUAUUCAUAAAUAUUUACGAUAUGUUUCCCAUGGUAACUGGGUUCAUGAAUUAUGGGCAACAAACCAUACGAGCUGCAAGGUACAUUGGUCAAGGUUUUAUGAUUACCUUAUCUCAUGCAAAUCGUUUACCUGUAACUAUUCAAUAUCCUUAUGAAAAAUUAAUCACAUCGGAGCGUUUCCGCGGUCGAAUUCAUUUUGAAUUUGAUAAAUGCAUUGCUUGUGAAGUAUGUGUUCGUGUAUGUCCUAUAGAUCUACCUGUUGUUGAUUGGAAAUUGGAAACUGACAUUCGAAAGAAACGGUUGCUUAAUUACAGUAUUGAUUUCGGAAUCUGUAUAUUUUGUGGCAACUGUGUUGAGUAUUGUCCGACAAAUUGUUUAUCGAUGACUGAAGAAUAUGAGCUUUCUACUUAUGAUCGUCACGAAUUGAAUUAUAAUCAAAUUGCUUUAGGUCGUUUACCAAUGUCAGUAGUUGACGAUUAUACAAUUCGAACAAUUUUGAAUUCAACUCAAAAAAAAAUAGGUAAACCACUUUGA